CUCUCCCCCCCACCCUGUCUCUCCCUCCCUCCCUCCCUCCUUCUCUCUUACUCGAGACCGUCAGAACUCUCCUCCCUGACAGCCACAAACCUACAGCAACUGACUGCAUUCAGAGAGGGAACCUGCAAACAAAACUUCACAGAAAACUUUUUGUUCUUGUUCCAGAGAAUUUGCUGAAGAGGAGAAGCAAAAAAAAAAAAAAAAAGAGGAGAGAGAAAAAAAAUCUGUGCGUGAGGGGGGAGGAAAAGCAGGGCCUUUUAAAAAGGCAAUCACAACAACUUUUGCUGCCAGGAUGCCCUGGCUUUGGCUGAGAGGAUUUCUGUUGGCGAGUUGCUGGAUUAUAGUGAGGAGUUCCCCCACCCCGGGAUCCGAGGGGCACGGAGCGGGCCCGGACUGCCCGUCCUGCGCGCUGGCUGCGCUCCCAAAGGAUGUACCCAACUCUCAGCCCGAGAUGGUGGAGGCCGUCAAGAAGCACAUUCUAAACAUGCUGCACUUGAAGAAGAGACCCGAUGUCACCCAGCCGGUGCCCAAGGCGGCGCUUCUGAACGCUAUCCGAAAGCUGCAUGUGGGCAAAGUGGGGGAGGACGGGUAUGUGGAGAUAGAGGAUGACAUCGGCCGGAGGGCAGAAAUGAAUGAACUUAUGGAGCAGACCUCGGAGAUCAUCACGUUCGCGGAAGCAGGCAUGACCAGGAAGACGCUGCACUUUGAAAUUUCCAAAGAAGGCAGUGACCUGUCGGUGGUGGAGCGUGCAGAAGUCUGGCUCUUCCUGAAGGUCCCCAAGGCCAACAGGACCAGGACCAAGGUCACCAUCCGUCUCUUUCAGCAGCGUAAGCACCCACAGGGCAGCCUGGACGCCGGGGACGAGGCCGAGGAAGUAGGCUUCAUGGAGGAGAGGAGUGAACUGUUGAUAUCGGAAAAGGUGGUGGACACUCGCAAGAGCAUGUGGCACAUCUUCCCUGUGUCCAGCAGCAUCCAGCGCUUGCUGGACCAGGGCAAGAGCUCCCUGGACAUUCGGAUUGCCUGUGAGUACUGCCAUGACACCGGCGCCAGCCUGGUGCUCCUGGGCAAGAAGAAGAAGAAGGAAGAGGAGGCGGAAGGAAAGAAGAAGGAUGGAGAAGCAGGGGCCGGGGUCGACGAGGACAAGGAGCAGUCCCACAGACCUUUCCUCAUGCUGCAGGCCCGCCAGUCUGAAGACCACCCGCACCGGCGGCGGCGGCGAGGCUUGGAGUGCGACGGCAAGGUGAACAUCUGCUGUAAGAAACAGUUCUUUGUUAGUUUCAAGGACAUUGGCUGGAACGACUGGAUCAUCGCACCCUCCGGCUACCACGCCAACUACUGCGAGGGCGAGUGCCCGAGCCACAUCGCAGGCACGUCGGGGUCGUCACUGUCUUUUCACUCGACGGUCAUCAACCACUACCGCAUGCGCGGUCACAGCCCCUUCGCCAACCUCAAGUCGUGCUGUGUGCCCACCAAGCUGAGACCCAUGUCCAUGCUGUACUAUGAUGAUGGGCAGAACAUCAUCAAAAAGGACAUCCAGAACAUGAUCGUGGAGGAGUGCGGGUGCUCAUAGAGCGCCGGCAGCGGGGGGACGGGAGCAAGUUGUCCAGAGAAGACAGUGGCAAAAUGAAGAAAUGUUAAAGGUUUCUGAGUUAAAACAACCAGAAAAAAAAAAAAAAUAGAAAUUAAAAAAAAAAAACCUGUAAACAAAAACCUGAAACAGAUGAAGGAAGAUGUGGAAAAUACUUUAGCCAGGGCUCAGAGAUGAAAAGGCGCAGGAAAGGGGAAUUGGGAGGGAAAGGGAGACCGAGUGCCCUUGGUUGCUUCUGAUAUCAAAGUGGUGACGUGAGUUGCUUCAAAGGGAGUAUUGUCCUCUCCUUUCCCGUUCCCUUUCAGCGUGAGCCUUGAAGUCAGCUUGUCUAGUCAGCAGUGAUGUGGGCUAGUACAACCCAAAUCAUCCAGAAAGCCAUGAGUUUGAAAGGGCCAGAUACGGGCACUUUCCCACCCAAUUACCCAGGUUGUAAGGUAUGUCUGUGUGACCCUCUCUCUGUGUAUAUCAGCCCGUGCACACACACACACACAGACACACACAGACACACACAGACACACACACACACACACACACACACACACACACACACACACACAUGGAGGCAUUUCCAUACCCCACAUACACACAUGUACUGGUAAGAGAACAACGGAGCGCAGGUGGUGUUACUUUCUUUUUCUGCACCACUUUUGCCACAGAACAAAACAAAAACCAACAAACAAAAAAAUGGGAAGAGUGAGAGAUCAAGGAAAAAAGAAUACCAAGUUACAUUUCGUUAAGGUGCUUAUGAUCUUAGAACUAUGCAACCUAAUAGGUUUGAAACUGUUUACCUGAGAGAGAACAAAAUGAGAGACUUUUUUGUAUUGGAAGUAACCUGAUUAAUUUUUAUUUUCUUCAAGGAGAGAUACUUGAAAGGAAUAUGUUUGUCCAUCUGUUGGAUCCAAACAUUUCUAUAUUUUGUAAAUGUUGUUUUUUUUUUAUCGUUUACUAUUUGCACUACAAUGGUGUUUGACCUGUCUAAUCCUUAUUUAACAAGUAUUUUCUUUGGGUGGGGGAGGGGGGGUUAAGAGCUGCACUUAAUGUGAGCUAUAAAAGAACUGCUACAGCACACAAAAUAGCUAUUUUUAUUAUUAUAAUUAUAAUUAUUAUUAUUAUUUUGUACCUUAAAAAAUAGACACAUACACCAAAGACAUUUGUGUGAGCCUUUAAACAGUCUGUCUGUGGUUGGUAUCAUUCACCAUCAAUGAGUCAGGGGUCAGGAUUCAAAGUUGAGUCGGGUGGAUUGUGUUCAGGCUUAAAUGACCUGAGAUGUUUGGUUUUUGACUCCUUUUACAUCCAUGAAACAGGACAUUUCAUACUGGAUGUACAGUAGUUGUACACUGUUGGAUAUCAAGUUCAAUCAAAUUCAUGGAACGCUACAUGCUUGUAUGUGUAUAUAUACAUUGCUUGUGCAUAUGCAUAUCUGUGUGUAUAUAUACAUGUAUCACAUCAUGUCCAGACACAUUUUUAAGCACUUCAGGCUGUCAUUUUUUAAUGUUCUUAAAGCAAUGAAUGUUUGUGUGCAAAACACAGUAUUUUUAAGAAGGAUAGGCUAUAGUUUUUGCUUUUACUCUGAACUAGGUGGGCACAUUUCAAAAAUUGGGAUGGGAAAAAGCCAGGAAAUUCCAGUGAAUAUUCAGCAAGACCCUCUUUCAAUGCACAGGGAUCCAAUUCCCUCCCUCUUUCUUGUUCUCCACCCCCAUUCGACAAGUUAUUCCCCACAGGGAAAACAGGAAACUCUUGUUCAUCAAAGCUCUAGGCUGAUUUUUUUUUUUUUGUAACUUGUAUUUAUCAUCUAUUGGAAUCAAUCUUAAAUUAGAAGCUUUUUCAGAAAAAAAAUGAACCCUUUAGGCCAGAAUAAAGAAUUGGAUGCUUUUUUUUUCUUUUUUAACAAUUAAGACCUGGCUGUGAGAAGUAUUACCUGCUCAGUGGGUUGAAUAAUGUUGUUGUCAAUAGUUAAGAGAUAAAUAAUUUGGGGAAAGGUGUUAAGAGAGUGGGAGUGAGCAAGAGAACAUUUAGGAUGGCAGGGAUUUUUAUUAAUAAGAAUUCCUAAUAUUAUAACUUACAGCCAAAACUCUUUGAUGCAUGUUUGUAGGUUUUGAUUCAGAUGCAAAAAGAAAAAAAAACACAACACUUUGUUUUAUAAAUAUUACAGUACAUGCUUAAAGCUAAAUACCUACUAAUUUAUUCCACAGUAUUUAACUUGCCUGGAACAGCUAAUAACUUAUUCAUUUUAUGUACUUUUUGAAAUAUAAGAGCCUUAUUUUUACUGACUUGUUUGUAGUUUGUAAGAAGUGGAAAAAAAUUCUGAUAAUUGAUGAAAAUUAUAUUCAUUCAUAUUCUGUAAAAUAUUGAAGCUUUCAGCCCUAUGUCAAUUCAUAGAUUUUAAAAAAAUUAUAAGAAAAUAAAAUGUCAGUGAGAAACUAAACAUUACAAAAGAUGGUUUAGCCCUUCUUGAGAAAUAUGUUAAGUCAGUGUCCUGUAACAUUAGGCUGUUUGUAUGGAGGUAAAUUACUUAAUGUCAUUACUGGGCAGAUAUACUUCCUACACUGUAGAGGUCUAUCCUUUCUUAUGUAGGAAAUACUACAUGUAUUGCAUGAGAGUGGACUCUAUUGAUAAAGUUUGAGAGAGAGAGCAUGCAAAAUUGGUACUUCCUCACUCUUGACCAUGGAUGGACCAGGAAACCACGCAGGUGGGGAAGGUGGGUGUGGUGAGAAGAGCUUUGAAGGAUAGAUGAUGAUGUUCAACUUUGCAAAUUUCCAUGAAAACCUUUGAGGGCCUUUUGAACUGCUUCUUAUUUGUUACUGGAACUAAUAAUGGAAUCUAUGAAAAUAGCGUGAGGAACCAAGUACUAGCUCACGGUGCAAUGGCAGAGACGGCCAAGGCAACAGAAAAAGCGAGAUGUUAAAAAGACCUCUGAGGCUUGUUUUUUUGCCCCCAUUCAUCUCAAAUAUAUCUGCCAUCUUUUUAAGCCUUUUAAGAUGGGGUUUGAUUACUGGUCACAGUAAUUAGCAGCAGGGCAAAGUGAAAUUCCAUAGGACCAUGUUUUAAUGGAAUGAUAUAAUUUAAAUAAAAUUAUUUUAAAAUAAUUAAGUUAUCACACAUCCAUAAGCUUUAACCUUAUUUCAGUAAACGUGGAUGUAGAAUUGCAAAUUGCUACUAUAUUUAAUAAUAUUGGAAGAUAUGCAGCCUUGUGAACAACCACACUUUUCAUGUAACAGCAGGAGGCCAAAAGAUAAUGCUUUUACAUUCUGCCAUAUUAGGUUCUUCAUAGUAUAUUGUCCUUGAAACAAAGGUGGCUCUACCUGAUCUUAAAACAUCUUUCUACUCUUUCUCUAGGACUGAUCUCCAGGCUCUUAAAAUCUACCCAUACCAAUCUUAAAAGCUCUAAAAAGCAUCUGUUCCCAGAUAUCUUUGAGGAAUGACAAAUAAUUUGUAGUUUGGAUUGACAUUUUCUUUUUCUUCUUUUUUUCCAAAGAGCAAGGUAAAUUCCAGCACAGUGAGUUGGGAUUUCUUGUAUCUGAAGACCAACCAAUCUCAUAUAUAUUUAAGAUUGAUUCCACAUUCUGUUUUUCAAGGAGAAUGCCUGCAUUUUCCUCUGAGGAAGUGCAAGUGCAUUUUUUUCACCCCCAUGGGCUUGGACCUAGGUGACUCUAUAAAACAGAGAACACUACAGCCUCAGUUGUAUUAAGCUUAGAUUCAAAUUAUCAUGUUCAUUCGAAAAAAUGGUUUCCUGUGGGCCUUUUGGCAACUUCCCUUUUCAAUGUAGAGACAAACUUAGUCACCCUGAAAACCUACACAAUAAAUGAAACUUGUAGAUGUGGGCAGAAGGUUUGGGGGUGGACAUUGUAUGUGUUUAAAUUAAACCCUUUAUCACUGAGAAGCUGUUGUAUGGGUCAGAGAAAAUGAAUACUUAGAAGCUGUUCACAUCUUCAGGAGCAGAAGCAAACCACAUGUCUCAGCUAUAUUAUUAUUUAUUUUUUAUGCAUAAAGUGAAUCAUUUUUUCUGUAUUAAUUCCUAAUGGGUUUUACCCUCUAUUUAAAUGCUUUGAAAAACAGUGCAUUGACAAUGGGUUGAUAUUUUUCUUUAAAAGAAAAAUAUAAUUAUGAAAGCCAAGAUAAUCUGAAGUCUGUUUUGUUUUAAAACUUUUUAUGUUCUGUGGUUGAUGUUUGUUUGUUUGUUUGUUUUUACUUUGUUUUUAUUUUUUUGGCAUACUACAUGCGGUUCUUUAACCAAUGUCUGUUUGGCUAAUGUAAUUAAAGUUGUUAAUUUAUAUGAGUGCAUUUCAACUAUGUCAAUGGUUUCUUAAUAUUUAUUGUGUAGAAGUACUGGUAAUUUUUUAUUUACAAUCUGUUUAAAGAGAUAACAGUUUGAUAUGUUUUCAUGUGUUUAUAGCAGAAGUUAUUUAUUUCUAUGGCAUUCCAGCGGAUAUUUUGGUGUUUGCGAGGCAUGCAGUCAAUAUUUUGUACAGUUAGUGGACAGUAUUCAGCAACGCCUGAUAGCUUCUUUGGCCUUAUGUUAAAUAAAAAAACCUGUUUGGGAUU